GGAGAAUAAAGCAACAGUUACUCGAAAAAAAGUUUCGUCGAAUAGAGUAUGUUAAAGUAUGAACGACAUUAUUGUGUUUAAUGUUUUCUUUCUUUUUAUUAAUAUCACAUAUUCAUUAUUAAUAUUUAACGAAGAUACAGAAUACAAUAAUAUGAUUGUAAUCAUUGUAAAGAUACAAUUUUUUACAAUAAGAAAUUGAAACUUAUCGGUAGAGGAAGUAAUUCAAUUUAAAACCGAUUAAUUCUAUUAUGUCAGUAGAAUUAAUAAAUGCGUAAUUCAUCUACUAUUGAUAAAGAAUAUUCCCCACGGUUCGAAUCAACUAUGUCAACACAGGGUAUUGUAGAUUCCGAUAAAAGGAAUACUACAGUUGUCGAUGCAUUUUAUAACGUGCAUAGAGUAUUUCAGAUGUCGCUAAACUACAAUUUCAAUUGCUGUAGGAGGUGAAUGUGUAGUCUGUAAAUUAAUAAGCUUUUAAAAUAUUUCAUUAUAGUUGAUAUCUUUAUGAAUAUUAAAUAUAUAAAUAAUUAAAUUUUUUUACAUUUGUUAAGAUUAUUACUAGCUGUUAUUACGAUUGUGAAAAAAUAUACUAUGAUUCUUCCAAAUGAAGUUGUACGUAAGGAUUUAGGUACUUUUAUCAUUGCAGUUGCAGUAAUGGUGAAUGAAGUUUGUUUAAGUAUUUGGAUCUUUGGAUACGAGAAGACACCAUGUGAUAGGCAUUUGGUUUGGUUAAUUUAUCUUUUACGCGUUUAUAGUUAUCAAAAUAUAAUAUUUUUUUACUGUAUUUUGUAUCUUAUUGUGUCAUUAAUAUAUGGGGUAUACAAUACCACGUUUAAUUAUUCGGAACAUUGGUCUCUUACGACAUAAGUGAAAAAAUGCAGAUGAAACUGAAUACGCGACGCGAGUCAACAAAUAUUGAAGUAAUUGAUGUAGACGAUUUAGUUGUAACGAGAAAAGGUGGAGGAAGUAUAAUUGAUCAACGGCCAGUUUUUUCACACGAUGGAGAAACAUUAUAUAUAGUAAGGAAGCAUGUUAUAAGAUCUUACAGUACACAAACUGGAGACUUUGUUAAAGAAUUAGAACCAGCAAAUUAUAGAAUUGCAGGAUUAAUAAUACAUCCAGAAAAUCCCAAUCUGAUCAUUGCCUGUACAGAAAAUGGAGAAUUAAAUUUUUGGAGUUGUCAAAGUGGCAUUAUCACAAAGAAAUUGAAAUUAAAAUUUCAAAUAGAGCCAAAAAUAAAAACGUUUCACAUUGUAAAUUAUAAAACUCAUAAUGGAAAUGAAUUGCGCCAAGUGCUUGUAACGUAUAUUUCUAAAUGCAACACAAAAAUUUAUAUAGUGUUAUUUGAUCUGGAUAAUGGAGUUUGUGCAAAGUCUACAUGUAUAUCGACAAAAUCUUAUGAAUACUAUGUUGAUAUAAUUGGUAAUCAUGGUGAGAAUUUAAUAGCACUCCUUCAUGAUGUAGAUCUGCAUAUAUUGAAUCCAUCAAGAAAUUUUGUUGAUAAAUUACAUAAGACGGGUAAAACAGGUAGAAUACCAACGUGCAUUGCUGGACAUCCAGAAGAAGAAUGUGUUGCCACGGGAGAUACGACUGGUCGUGUCGUAGUAUGGAAGGGUUUGUUUCAAACAAGACCUUAUACAGCAGUUUAUCAUUGGCAUACAUUACCUGUUACAGAAAUAGCAUUCAGUAAAUCGGGUGGUCAUAUGUAUACAGGAGGAGGAGAAUGUGUUCUAGUGAAAUGGGUUUUAGCAAAUUCACAUCAAAAAUCCUUCCUUCCUCGAUUACCUGCACCUAUUAAACAUCUUACUAUUGCUCCUGAUAAUUUAUACGUGGCUGUAUCUACUUUAGAUAAUGGUAUUGUGGUUGUAAAUCCACAAAGAAAAUUGACAUCAGUUAUACAAAAUUUUACAUGGGGCGUGACCUUAUCUUCUAAAGAUUUAUUUCCUGCUGGCCUUAUUGUUGAUCCGCGUACGAAUUGUUUAGUUUUAAACAGCCGUACCGGACAUGUUCAAUUUUAUAAUACCCAUACAAAAAGUUUAUUAUAUAAUAUAAAUAUUACGGCACAAAAUUUUUUAACGCAAGAGCGUAAUGUACUUAUUAUAAACACGGAAGUUACAAAGAUAGCAAUAAAUCACGAUGGUAUGUGGAUGGCGACUGUUGAAGAACGAAACGAUAAAAUGUCAUGUAUAGAAGUAAGGCUGAAAUUUUGGAUGUAUAACGUUAAACAACAACAGUUCGCAUUAAACACGUCAAUCGAGCUUCCUCACGAUGGCGGUGUGAAUGCUUUGCACUUCCAACCGUGCAUGUUAUUCGGUGACGAGGGACAGUUACUGGCAGUUACAACAGGCAGAGAUAGAAAAUUCAAAUUAUGGCAUCUCGUAGAACCUUCAUCCUUACACAAAAAAAAUAAAUACUGGCAGUGCCAUAGUGUAGGAGAUUAUAGAAAUCUGCCUGCAACGGAUGCUGGUUUCUCGAUUGAUGGUUCAUUAGUUGGUAUUGGUUUCGAUUCUAGUCUAACAAUAUGGACUCCUGAUACUUGUACAUUUAAAUGUAGCCUUACACAUUGUCAAUAUCAGUAUCCAGUGACACGAAUUGAAUUUGGAAAACAAGAUGCUUGUCAUCUUGUGGUAGCAGUUUCCACGCAGCAUAUUGCGGUGUGGAACAUCCUGUCGCUUACGUUAAUAUGGAGCGUACCUCUAAAAAUUGCAACUCUUACGGCAGAUCCGAAAUCAACGUACAUGGCUGUUUUCACGACCGAUAAUUCACUGUUUGUAUUCACACCCCACAAAUCGACACCCGUCUACACAAGAAAAGAUUUUAUCGAAAAUAAUAGUUUUAUUUUGGGAGCCACCUUUGUACCACAUUUGCAAGUGAAACGAGAUUCAUCGUACAGAUCAUGGCAACGAAGAUCGCAGCUUUUCUUUUUAGAUUCUAAUCAAGAAUUAUUAACGUUAGAACCAGAAUCCGAAGUGACUAUUUCUCUUGAAAUUUUAUCUACGAAUGCAACAGUUCCUGCGACCGCCUUCAGCAACCUAAUAGCGAGCACGACUACCUCAGACAAGGAAGUACCCGCUCCAUUUAUGCACGAACAACUGAGAACAGGAAAAGGAAUGGUGAAAGAGCUUCUCAGCGUCUCAGCCCACACAUUACCGCCCAUGAAGAUGCUUUGCGCAUCAUUCAUCACAUCUCUGCUCUCGUCAUCUGUGUCAAAAACUCAAUCACCUGACGAUAGAAUCGAGAGGGAUGAAACAAUGCAGAAUGACGAAGAAUCAGAGGAAAGCGAAGAAGAACUAUCACGACCGGAAAAUCGUGAAUCACCACCUGUAGCUGAAAUCGAUAAUGUCGAUGAGACGAAAGUACAACUUGUCGAUCACAAUUGGUCUUUCCUUAGGACUAUACUUCCAGAUCGAGAGGAGAUUGAACAACAAUUGAUAGAUGACAAUCUUGAAUCAACUUUACCAUCAGAAAAUGUUUAUAAUCUAGCUUAAAGAUUUUUAUUUCUACGAUACACGAAAGAGGAAUUGUUUAUAAAAUAAUUGGCAAAAAAUAGUGAUUAUAGAUUUUUUAAUAAAUUAUUUAAACGAAUACAGAAACAAGAAAGAAUAACUUUUAUUUCAUAAAUUCUAUUUAUGAUAUUACUUUGUUGUAAACAAUGUUCAUAUAUAAAUAAUGUACAUACAAUGGAACACCGUGUAACAAUUAAUUAAUACAAUGUGAUUUGAAUCUUA